AAAACUGCAGAUUAAGAAAAAUACAGGUAUUCAUCAUGUGUCUGUUGAGUUCGUUCCAAGUUCUGUUAAGUUUAGUUAUUAUUACUCUUUUUGUGAUAUAUUCACUACGAAAGAAAUGGAGAAACAGAAGGAAACAACAGGAAAAUGAUUCGACUUCGAACAAAUAUAAAGAGAAUUCGUCUGUAUCUGGAGAUAUGAAUCUUUCUGAAAAUAAAGACAAUGGUCAGGAGCCGAAAAUGAAUCUUUCGUCUAUGUCCUUUUUACCAUUCAUCUGGAACAUUGUAUUUUGUCAACGUAACAAGCAAUACCACAAUUUACACAUUAACAUAUUAGUUUCAAAUACACUUAGUGGACUCUCUCUGGUAUUUCCAAACGAUAAAGUAGUCUGUAUGAACAUAUUUGAAUAUAAAUUAAUUCAUUUCUUACAUCCAGAAUCUUCAAAGGAAGUGUUAAGAAGCAACGGUUUAAUCAACAAGGAUUCUUUUUAUUAUUUCUUUAAGCCAACUCUCGGACUAAAUAGUAUUCUAUACAGUCCUGACGAUAAUUGGAGAAGAAGAAGAAAAUAUUUAGCUCCACAUUUUCAUCUUCGAAAUGUGAAAGAUGAUCAAAAUGUAUUUAUGGAGCACUCAAACGUCUUAGUGGAAAAACUCAAACAAUUGCAGGAAAAUGAAAUAUUCGAUGUCCUGAAAUGGAUGAAAAAUUGCACUCUCGAUAUUAUUGCAGAUAUAGCAGUAGGAGUUUCUCUGCAUUCUCAGACUAACGACAAUCAAGAAUAUGUUUCCGCAAUGCACAG